AUGAACACACACUUUGUUGCUCUUGGCGACGUGGUCAUCGACCAUAUCCCUAUUCAGGCCGACGUGAUGCCUGACCAUAUAUUCGUAAGUUGGAAUGGUCUCAAUGAGACCCCACUACCCGUGGAUGACCGGGAGGAGGACCAAGCUUCCUCCCCGGAAGCCCCACCGUCAUCCGAGGUCUCUUCUGAAUCGGACGACAAUAAAGACGUACAAGUGACCGUACCAAGCUGUCCUGUUGAGGCGACUGGGCACGAGGCUCCCGUUGCACACGAGAGACCGCCUGAUGCCACCAAUGAGGAUGUGGAAUUGGAUAACGAAAGUGAUGAUGAGCCCAGCCCUGAGAUAACCGAGAGGCAGCUAGAGGCUGUGAGGACAGCUUCAGAGCAAAUCCAUCUUCAUAGGAGCUUCCAACCUAGACCAUCUCGGUACAAGUUCGUGUUGUCCUCUGUUUGCUGA